AUGGGCGCCCUUUCCAGUCAGAUCAACUCGAACGUGGGAAACUCGACCACGACCCAAGAUCCGAAGACAGAGCCUCAGUCUCUCCGAGAAAUGAUCAGCAGCCUCGUCAUCGUGUUGGCUGUAUCAUCUAUAUACUUGAUCUUCUUCCUUAUCUUUAGAAAAUCCAAGCGAAGAUUCUAUGCCCCGAGAACGCACCUGGGCUCACUUCAGCACAAUGAACGUAGUCCCGACCUGGGUGCCGGCUGGUUCAGCUGGCUCGGCACAUUUUCGAAGCUCCCCGACGCAUACGCUCUCACCCAUCAGGGCCUCGACGCCUACCUCUUCCUGCGCUUUCUUCGCGUCGCCAUGAUCAUCGGCUUGGUCAGCAUCUGCAUCAGCUGGCCCAUCCUCUUCCCUAUUAAUAUCACGGGCAUGGGCACAGCGCAGCAGCUCGAAAUCUUAUCGUAUAGUAACGUCGAUAUUGAGAAAUCCCCGAACCGCUUCUACGCCCAUUGCUUUGUCGGCUGGGCCGUCUAUAGUUUCGUUAUAUAUAUGGUUAUGCGCGAGUGCAUCUUCUAUAUCAACUUACGCCAGGUCUACCUACUCACUCCACACUACGCCCGCCGCAUCUCGUCUCGCACCGUCCUCUUUACGUCUGUUCCUGCCGACUUCCUCAAUGAAUCUAAGCUCCGUCAUAUAUUCAACGAGUCGUUUCGUUAUAUCUGGUUUACGGGUAAGACGGAUAAGCUCGAUAAAAUGGUCGAGGAGCGUGAUAAGGUGGCAAUAAAGCUUGAGAGAGCAGAGGUCAAGCUCAUCAAGAUGGUCCAUAAGGCUCACUCAAAGGCCUCUUCCGGCAAGUGUGAUAAUACCACCGGCAGACACGACCACGACGCCGAGACGGGCAACGUUGUCUCGCGAUUCGUGCCCGCCAAGAAGCGACCUUCGCACCGCCUCGGCCCUCUCGGACUCGUAGGCAAAAAGGUCGACACCAUCGAAUGGGGUCGUGCUGAGCUUCAAAGGCUCGUACCCGAAAUAGAAAAGGCCCAGAACGAGUGGUCUCAGGGUCAGUUUGACAAGAUUGGCGCCGUCUUUAUCGAGUUCAACACCCAGGCAGACGCCGAGGCAGCCUACCAGACUAUCACCCACCACAAGGCUCUCCACAUGUGCCCUAAGUUCAUCGGUGUUAAGCCUAGCGAGGUUAUUUGGAAGAAUAUGUCUAUUCCUUGGUGGCAACUUAUCAUGCGUAGAUAUGCCGUCUAUGGGCUUAUCGCCACUCUUAACAUCGUCUGGGCCUUUCCUGUAGCUAUUAUUGGCAUCCUUGAACAAGCCGAUACACUCAAGUCGCUCUCUGGUCUAACAUGGAUUAACAGCAUCCCAGACGUACUCUUUGGUUUUGUCAUUGGUCUACUGCCCCCCAUUCUCAUGACUGUUGUCAUGUCGCCUGCGGCCGAAGUCAUGCGGAUGUGCGCCAAGCUCGCUGGUGCACCGACACUGUCUCAGGCCGAGCUCUUCACUCAAAACGCCCACUUUGUCUUCGAGUUGACUCAAGUCUUGAUAGUCCAGACUGUUUCUAGCUCGGCGGUGGCGGCCACUAUUCAAGUUGUCCAAAAUCCGUCAGCCGUCUUUCCGACGCUGGGAGAGAUUCUUCCGUCGGCCUCCAACUUCUAUAUCUCCUACUUUAUCCUAGAGGGUUUAUUAAUGGCUGUCAGCGAACUGACCCGAGUUUUCGGCCUAUUAAUCUUCCAUCUGAGUUACAGAUUUCUUGCUGGCACACCCCGUACCAUGUAUCAGAAGUGGACAGCCCUCAGCACAGUCCGGUGGGGAAGUCUUCUUCCAAUAUACACCAACGUCGUUUGCAUCAGUCUUGUCUUCUCUGCCAUUGCUCCCCUCGUGCUUGGAUGGUCGACGAUUGCCCUAGCACUAUUCUAUUUCGCAUUCCGCUACAAUAUCAUCUUUGUAUCGGAAGCGACCGUGGAUACUCAGGGUUUAAUCUAUCCCCGGGCUCUCAAGCAGCUGUUUGCCGGCAUCUACGUGGCGGAGACUUGCAUGAUUGGCCUAUUCUCCAUCUCCAAGGCGGCUGGCCCGGCUGCCCUGAUGGCCGUAUUAUUGAUUUUUACUAUUCUCUUCCAGACCACAAUGUUUAAAAAAAUCGACCCUCUACUGUACGGAUUGCCCUGCAGUGUUUUGACCGAGGAGCAGACCAUCGAGGUCAACAACCUCGAGGCAGCUGUCGGUGACGGCUCACAUGGUGCCAAUGGCAAACCAGCGACUUUAAACAAAGCUCAGUGCAGUGGUAGCGGCGUCGAGAAGAAGGGCAACUUUCUCAUGAAGUUCUUCAAGCCUUGGGUCUGUGCCGACCUUGCCACACUGCGCACGAUGGUUCCGGCAGAGGAAGACAUGGGCUUCGAACAGGUUCAUACGAACGAGAUCGAGGCCACGGCGUAUCUGCCACCAUCCGUCACUAGCAAGACCCCGAUGCUCUGGAUUCCAGCUGACUCGGCGGGCGUAUCCAAGCAAGAGGUUGCGCUCACGAGCAAGGUUGCCCCCACUACCGACGAGGGUGCCACUAUUGAUGAAAAGAACAAGAUCAACUGGGAAACCGACAGCGCUCGCCCGCCUAUUUGGAAGGAAAAGAUCUACUACUAG